AUGGAGUCGAGAGUUGCCUGCAUGCACGCUUAUGUCGAGGGCUGCCUUGAUACCCCAGAGCCAAUGCAAGCCAGGGGCAUCAACUGGCCACUGACCUCUGCUGAUCAAGGUGCCGAAAAAGUGAUGGAUAAAUCAACGUCUUCCGUUCACCCUGGCACACUCCUUUUGCAUGGUGUCUUUAUGCUGUUGUCGUUCUUCAGCUUUACGCCUCCGUGGGUAUGCAUGCAUAUAAUAUAUAUACUCCGUACCAGCCUACCUCCCCUUUUGCUGCCGUCGACUCCCUCUCAUGUCAGCACAGGAGGAAAAGUAGUGGUUUCGCAUAAAUAUCGGCCGCGCUUGCACAACUUAAUGCUUGCUUUUUUCCCGCCUGUUAAGAAAGUAAGGAGAAAAAAGCCAAAGGGCUGA